AUGGUUACCACCCGAAAAAGUGCAAAGUUGAGCAAAUGGGAACGUCUUCCUGUCGAAUUACAGCAACAAGUGCUGGGCAGUUUGGAUAAUUUAGAUAGACUCCAAAUCCGUCAAGUCUCAAAGGAAAUGCUGAGCGUCUCAGAGAACAUCCCCAUCGUCACCCACUCCAUCCACUUCCUCACGACACCUAAAAAUAAGUAUUUUUGGUUGAACUGGACGGAUAAGGAAGGUCAACGCUCCAUCACCAAUCGGAAGGAAUGCAAGAAAGAGAAAAAUGGAAGUCUUGCAGUGAAAUCGCUUCUAAACUUUUUUGCAUGUCGUUUUUCAAAGGUCACUCAACUGGAUAUCGACAAUAUUUUUGAAAUUCAAAAUGGGAUCGACACCGUCGAACGAAUCAUCGCGGAAGCUCAUACAAGAAAUAUUCGAAUCCGUGCCGAAGAAGUUUGUUUGAACCUCCUCAACGCCGUGUCUGCUCCACUGGUCAUACAAUUCUUCGAACUAUUCGAUGCGGAUGUUUUGAAGACUCUAAAACUGGUCGAUCCGCCAGGCAACGUUGUCGACGCAAUCAGUGAGACGGUGCAAUUCAGAAGUUGCUCGAAACUUUCAAUCUCCAGUGCUCAUUAUGAUUCCACUCCUUCGCAACACUACAGUUUGAGAAACAUGUUGCACUUGGUUGAUUUCCGUAUCAGAAGAGACCAGUACACAGCUCAAGAAUUGUUCGAUUUGGUGCAGAGCUAUCGACUCAAACCACUGAAGAAAGGAGACCGCCUUCAAAUAUACCACACUACUAAGUCAUCAACUGAAGAAGAAAUCUCCAAUGUUCUGGACGCAUUCCCUACAGAACCAAACCCACGACCACCUUCCUAUACAAGAAACGAUAUUCGUGUGAUCUACAUGGUCGAUCCGGAGCUUCAGCUUAUAGUGGACACUUUCGGUAGUAGUGUAUGUAUGUGCGUAACAGAACGACGACCACUAUCAACAUCCUUAUUAGAUUUAUAUUGA